GGGGUAGCCGUUCCACGCCGGCCCGGACGAGACGACCCCUGGGUCUGGUGGUCUGCGCGCUCCUUACGGCGCAGGGGUCCCGGGGAUCAAAGUAGAACCGACAGGUGCGAUCCGGAGCCAUGGUGAUCAUGUCGGAGUUGAGCGCGGCCCCGUCGGGCCCCGGCCAGGGCCAGCAGAAAACCCUCCGCGUGGGUUUCUACGAUGUGGAGCGCACCCUGGGCAAAGGCAAUUUCGCAGUGGUGAAGCUGGCCCGGCAUCGGGUCACCAAAACGCAGGUUGCAAUAAAAAUAAUUGAUAAAACACGGUUAGAUACAAGCAACUUGGAUAAAAUCUACCGUGAGGUCCAGCUGAUGAAGCUGCUGAACCACCCCAAUAUCAUCAGACUAUACCAGGUUAUGGAAACAAAGGAUAUGCUUUACAUUGUCACUGAAUUUGCAAAGAAUGGAGAAAUGUUCGAUUACCUGACUGCCAACGGGCACUUAAGUGAGAACGAAGCGAGGAAGAAGUUCUGGCAGAUACUGUCAGCUGUGGAAUACUGCCACAACCACCACAUUGUGCACCGGGACCUCAAGACGGAGAACCUGCUGCUGGACAGCAACAUGGACGUCAAGCUGGCAGAUUUUGGAUUUGGGAAUUUCUACAACCCUGGAGAGCCUCUGUCUACGUGGUGUGGGAGCCCCCCAUAUGCAGCCCCUGAAGUCUUUGAGGGGAAGGAGUAUGAAGGCCCCCAGCUAGACAUCUGGAGCCUCGGUGUUGUACUCUAUGUACUUGUCUGCGGUUCUCUCCCUUUCGAUGGUCCUAAUCUGCCGACACUGAGACAGCGGGUGCUGGAGGGCCGGUUCCGAAUCCCCUUCUUUAUGUCUCAAGACUGUGAGAUGCUCAUCCGACGCAUGCUGGUGGUGGAUCCUGCCAAGCGCAUCACCAUUGCCCAGAUCUGGCAGCAUCGCUGGAUGCAAGCUGACCCUGCCCUCCUGCAGCAGGCUGACCCCGCCCUCUCUGUGCUCAGCUACACCUCCAACCUAGGCGACUACAAUGAGCAGGCGCUGGGCAUCAUGCAGGCCCUCGGCAUCGACCGGAAGAGAACUGUGGAGUCACUGCAGAAUAGCAGCUAUAACCACUUUGCUGCCAUUUACUACCUCCUGCUCGAGCGCCUCAAGGAGCACUGGGGUGCCCAGUCACUGGCCCGCUCGGUGCCCACCCGGCAGCCUCGGCCCAGGAGCUCAGACCUCAGUGGUCUGGAGGUACCUCAGGAAGGCUUCUUCAGUGACCCUUUCCGGUCCUCCCUACUGUACCCACAGCCCCAAGCCUUGGCACAAUCUGUCCUGCAGGCCGAGAUGGACUGUGAUCUUCACAGUUCGAUGCAGCCCCUGUUCUACCUGGCAGACGCCAGCUGCAGUGGCGUGUCCCCGCACCGUUCCAUCUCCCCCAGCAGCCUGCUGGACACAGCCAUCAGCGAGGAAGCUGCACAGGUGCCCAGGCUAGAGGAGGAGCCAGAGGUCCUGGAGCCCUUGCGUGGCAGCACGGGCCGCAGGCACACAUUGGCUGAGGUUUCCACACACUACUCUCCGCUCAGCCCUCCCUGUAUCAUUGUGUCCUCCAGCACAGCAGGUGCCUCAGAAGGAACAAGCUCCGACAGCUGUCUGACCUUCUCUGCAGGUGAAGGCCCUGCUGGGCUCAGCAGCAGUCUGGCCACCCAGGGUCUGCUGGGCACCUGUUCUCCAGUCAAACUGGCCUCACCUUUCCUGGGGGCGCAGUCGGCCACCCCUGUACUACAGGCUCAGGGGGGUCUGGGUAGAGCUGUCCUGCUGCCUGUCAGCUUUCAGGAAGGACGGAGGGCAUCAGACACCUCACUGACUCAAGGGCUAAAGGCCUUCCGGCAGCAGCUGAGAAAAAAUGCAAGGACCAAAGGCUUCUUGGGGUUAAACAAGAUCAAGGGAUUGGCACGCCAGAUGUGCCAGGCAUCUUCUAGCCGAGUGCCCCGGGGUGGCCUGAAAGCCUUCCACGCCCCUGCCCCAAGCCCGGGCCUGCAGGGCAGCAGCUCUGGCAGCCGAGAGGGUAGAAGCCUGCUGGAAGAGGUACUGCACCAGCAGAGGCUGCUCCAGUUACAGCACCACCCGGAUGCCACUCCCAGCUGUCCCCAGGCCCCACAGCCGCCCCCUGCUCCCACCCCAUAUGUGCUGGCCCCCUGCGAUAGCCUCCUCAUGUCAGGGCUCCCACUGCUGCCAGCACCUUUCCUGCAGACCAGUGCAUCGCCUGUGACGUCGGCCGCGCAGCUCCUGGACACCCACCUGCAUAUCAGCACCAGCCCUGCUAGCCUCCCCAGUGGGGCUCUGGUGCCGUGCUUCACCAGGCUGGCCCCAGGCUGUGACCCCACUGGGCGGCUGCCAGGGGACUGCGAGAUGGAGGACCUGACCGCUGGCCCAAGGGGCACAUUCGUCCUGGUGCAGUGAGGACAGUCCCACCCUGCCCGGCUGGCUCUUCCAAGCAAUAAUUUUGGAGUAUGUGAAGAUGUUUUUGGACUCAGAAGCCAAGAACUUUUUAGAAGCGAAACAAGCAAUACGUUAGGUGUAUGGGCUUUUCAAUUUUUUGUGUUACUUUUUUUCUUGCACUGAAUGACCUCAACUCCGAGUAGGGACUGGAUCUGAAGAGAAGUAAUGGCGGGUUUCUCGUGCAGGUGGGUGGCGGGGGGAGUGGGAUGAGGGAGGGCCUCCGGCUGCAAAGGGGGGUGACAGGGCAGGGGCUUGAGCCCUUUGUCCACAGCUGUGUCAUGAGCUGACAGUGUUGGACAUCCCUGGAAAUGUCCCAAGUGGCCAAGUGUGCGUGCGUGGGUCGGUGUCCUUUUGGUUUUAGUUAAUAGUUGUCCACUUCGGGAAACAUUUAUGCUUCAACAGAAACUGUGAACUUGCUGCUUCAUGCGGGUUGGCACCAUCCAGGGGCUUCCCAGGAAGGGGACAUGGGACGCCGGCACAGAGGGAAGGCUCGUCUCACUUGAGGCAGGGUGCUACGUGUGUGGCUCAGGAGUCUUUGCCAGCACUGUUCGGAGGAACCACAGAAAGGACCAGGGGCCAGGAGCCGGGGCUGGGGCUCGGUCCAAGGGGCACUUGGCUGAGAGGAAGCCAAGAGCUUUCUUCCUGCUGCUCAUCUCGUUUUCGCUGCUAAUUACUGAGUUUUUAUGCAUUUCAUUAUCAGGGUCCAACAAACAAGAACACCUGACCUGGGGGUGGUGCGGUGCUGCGGGCCGUGACAGUAGGCAGCAUGGAAACAACGGCUCCUCACUGUGACCACCACCCAGGACUUCCCAGUGGCAGGCCUGGCACCCAGGCCCACACUCUGGGCGUCUGGCUUUCAUUCAAGCAAGAUGUGAUGGGAAGCUUAGGUCAGUGUUUGUAAAGCUGUGUCUUUUUUAAGCAGAUACUGUAUAUGUAUAUAAAUAGGAGAUCAUAGACACUACUUAUUUUUUAUAUUUUGUACUACACUUUUGUGUUCCUUGUUUAAACCUCCCUUGGUCACCCUGGGGGGCUGUCCCAGCAGCACCAGGCUUGCUAAGGAUGAGGCCCAGCUACCCCUCAACACUGGCAGGGACGCAGGGCAGGGCGGCCGCACCUCAGUGGGACAGAGGCCACCACUGCACCCCAGCUACUGUGUGCCAAGUGCCCACCCCCUCCUCGCCCAGGUGCCUUUGCUUCCCAUGGCUCUUGCAACCUGCAGUAUUACCCGGGGGCCACGGAGAAGGGGGCAAAGGUGGGACUUCUUAAAAGCCAAAGAUUGACUGAGUUCCCUGAGGGCAGGAAGGAGGCCCACGAGUGUCAGUGUUGUGGUGGGUCCCUCCCUUCUGUGCAUGUGCUCUGUGCUCUGUCCUGUGCUGCUCUGUGGUUGCUUAGGGACGGGUGCUGGACCGUCCUCCAGGGGAUGGACCUGAUACCCAGCCGCAGAGGAAACACCAAAGUCCCCCAUUUGCCACUUCCAGACAUCCCUCGCUGCCACCUGCCUUCACCUGCAGGAGGCAGCUGGCCUGACCUGCUCUGGCCCAGGAGACCUCAGCGGGCCCCUGCCCCCUCCCCAUCCUUUCACCACAGAUCAAAGGCCUCACGCCACCCUGUGUUUCUCCCUGAAGCAGCGACAAGCACUUUACUUUCCUAGCAGUUUUAUUUUUUCUUAGCACUGUAGACCUCUUUGGGAGGAUGGGAAAGCCGUGUUUUUAUUUGUUUUUUUAGACGUGUGCGGUGUUUCAUAGAUUUCUCAACAAUGCUAUUCUGCAGACUCCUGCAAUAGCCUAUUUAAAGACACUAUGUGAUCUGGUUGAGAUGUAUAUAUAGCCUUUUUUUUUUUUUUUUUUUUUACCAUAACUGCAUUGUUUUGUUUCAAAUGUUAACGUGAGAGAUGUAUGCCAAAUGAUUAGCUGGUGUAUGUUUUUUUAAUUUAAUAUUUAAAUAAAAUACUUGGGGAAAAGA